GUUUUUAAAGUAACACUGAUAAAAAGGAACCGGUCAAGAUGCCUAAUUUUGCUGGAACCUGGAAGAUGAAGAGCAGUGAACAUUUUGAAGAACUCCUGAAAGCGCUCGGGGUGAACGCUAUGCUGAGGAAGGUGGCCUGUGCAGCAGCUUCCAAACCACACGUGGAGAUCCGUCAGAACGGAGAACAGUUCUACAUCAAAACCUCCACUACCGUGAGGACCACAGAAAUCAAUUUCCAGAUAGGACAAGAGUUCAACGAAGAGACCGUGGAUGGGCGGAAGUGCAAGAGCCUGGUCACAUGGGAGACAGAGAACAAGAUGACCUGCAGGCAAACCCUUGUGGAUGGUAACGGCCCUAAAACGUACUGGACACGGGAGCUGAGAGGGAACGAACUCAUGCUGACCUUUGGGGCCGACGAUGUGGUGUGCACACGGAUUUAUGUGCGGGAAUGAGCACCGAGAUGAACUGGAUGGAGGGAUAUUCCGGCACUUGCAGCUUUGAAGGAGUAACAUUUUGUUCAUGAUUAACUUGCACUGUGGUUUGUUAGUUGAUACUUUCUUCUGUUCUAAGUUGGAUACCAUUUGUGUGCAUUAAUAAUUAGAUUCAUUUUUAUAAUGUUUCUUAUUAAUUAUAGCCUAUAUGUACAG